UGAGCCAGUCUGACGAACCGGAGAAGGGGACAGAAGAGGGCUCCAGUGAUAACAAAACAGAUGAGUCUCAAACCAACCAAAAUGGUGUUUGAAUGGAUUCCCCCCUCCCCCAUGGGACUCUACCAGGGUGAGGAGGACAAAGACAYGCCUCAGAAGAAACCUGCUCGUAGGGGAAGGCCCUCGAAGGGAGCAACAUUGACGUCAGAGGAACCGGAAAAGACAGUAUCUGAGAAGACCGACAAAAAGCCAGACAAGAAAGAGAGCGAACAAAAAGAGGAUGAAGAGGAGGAAGAGACGCCCAAAUCCAGAACUGCGACUCGAGCUGCUGUUCGCCUUGAAGCUGAGAGGAACAAACCAAGGAAACCUUCCACCCGAGCUCGAGGUGAAGAGGAGAACACAACAAACACACGUGGGACGAGAGGACAGGCCUCGGCGUCAGCUAAGGCAGGGGGGCGUAAACGUGAAGCCAGCCCACCAGCAGUGCGCACUAGAGGUGGACAAAAAUCUGAGGAGCCCCCUUCCAAAAGGACCAAGCGAUGAACAAAUACCUGCUUUCCCCAAGCCUAGGUAUUAGAAUAUUCACGGCGCUGUUGACAUAUUAUUUGAGUUUUAAAUGCUUCUUUAUUUUUAGCAACACUUCACAUAAUACAUACCGGUAUUAAUUUUAACAGAUCUGAACCCCUCCCCUCUAUUCAAGCCUGUGGAUAUGUUGGAUAGGAACAUUUGGGGAUGGCAUGACAGUAUGGUCUAGCAGUGGUGGUUCUCCAAACAGUCACCUGACCUGGAUUUAGCUCAUGGUGCUUUCCAUUUCUAUACAGUAUUAUAGACCCUUCACCAUAGGCCCAUAUGUUUUAGAUUGCACUGGUCAUUUAAAGAUGUUAGCUAAAAAUAUCUCAUGAAACGGAGCAUGAGAGACCAAUCAAAGGUCUUAUGUGGAGAGCCUCAUUGACCUUAAUCCUAGGACAAAAGACUGGAAAUUCUUUGUCACUGACAAAUCGACUUCUGUCUGUGUUGGUCACUCCAAGGAUUUGCCGUCGUGCAGGCAUAUGUCCUUUGGUUCCUGCAUCACGUGCAAGGGUUUUAUAUUUUGUCGACCUAUAGAUCCAUUUAGAUAUCAUUCAUAUAGAGUUGUAUAGAAGCUAUUAACCUGGGUAUAGUCUCACAAGUACUUUUACAAUUUGUGUUAUGUUUUUUCUCAUUGUUUCCGUACCCAGAAGCCUCUUCCUGUUACUGGACUUGAACAUGGAAGUAUCCAUUCUAUGAAUGUAAAGGAGGUGUUUGUCUUCUCCCUGUGUUUUUUUUUUUUCUUCUAUGUUAUUUUGUUUUUUACUACACAGAUUUGUCUGUGCUCCUAACUACUUUCCCCAUUAAGUGAGUUCUAUUUUUGGUUAUUUUUGUAACGUGUGCUCACAGAGCUUAUGCCCUGUUGUCAGUAUUGGAAGAGAUUAAAUUCCUUUCAAAUGGUGAACAAU